AUGGUUCCCUCUGCCCAGGAACCCCGUCGUCGCCCCGCUCUCCUCAACCCCCGCUUCCUGCACGUUAAAUUCGACAUAAACAGAAGUUACGAAAAAAUUAACCAAAUAAAAGAAGAGCUGAGCAAUGCAAAAAUAAAAUUAGAAAACAAGGUUCAGCAUCUUUCUGAAAAACUCUUCUACUUAGAACUUCUGAAGAAACGUGAAGACAUCUUAGAAAAACAGAAAGCUGAAUUUACUACUCAAAAGAGCGUUCUUCUUAAAAUCUUGACAGAUGCAAAGAGAAAAAUGACUGAAGAAGAAGAUAAUUUUACUAGGGAGCUAACAGAGUUUAACAAUGAAUAUGGACUAACAAGUAAUAGAGAUCUUCUGAUUAAAAAAAAAGUCAAGAUUGAAAUAAAUGAUUUAGAGAAUGAGGCAGCUCUCUUAAAAAGUGAAAUGGAGUCAAUGGAACAUAAAAAUGUUCAGUUAAAUGCACUCCAGCUGCAGAAGAAUGAAUUAAAGCAGGAUUUAUUUGCUCUCCAGAGCAAACUCAAAGAUCUUGAAAAAGUAAUCAAGGAGGCUAAAGGAAUUACAAAAGAUUUAGAAGCAGAAAAGGUCCAAGUCACUGAAAAACCUCAGACUGAUCCUGAAUGUUUAAGGCUUAAGAAAGAAUUGGAAAAUUACAAAGAUGAUCACUGGGAAAAUGUCUGCGAGACUUUUCGAACAGAAAUUGAAAUUCUGCAAAUGAAACUAUCACAAAAAAAGUCUUCAGGCAACUGAAUAAUAUGUGACAUAUCAUACAGAAUGUCAUAGAAGCUAGUCUU